UGUAUGGGGUCAGAGUCCAUCAUGGCGGCGCGCAGUGUGUUCCGCUCGGGGCUGUUUGCUGACAGGGUGGCGAUUGUGACCGGCGGAGCGACAGGAAUCGGGAAAGCGAUCACAGCGGAGCUGCUGCAGCUGGGUUGUCGUGUGGUUAUUGCAUCAAGGAAGUCGGAGCGUUUGGAAGCUGCAGUUGGUGAACUUUCCCAGUUGAUCAGUUCCUCGAGUCCGGCUUCCAUCACGGCUCUACGCUGUAACAUCCGCCAGGAGGACGAGGUGAGGAAUCUGGUGGCAUCUACACUGAGUCGUCAUGGCAGGAUUGAUUAUUUGGUGAAUAACGGUGGAGGACAGUUCAGCAGCCCAGCGGCGAACAUGAGUGUGAAGGGCUGGAACGCUGUGAUCGACACCAACCUGACUGGAACAUUCCUGUGCUGCAGAGAGGUGUAUAACAUGUGGAUGAAAGAUCAUGGUGGUGUGAUUGUUAACAUCAUUGCUGACAUGUGGAGGGGGUUUCCAGGCAUGGCACACACAGGAGCAGCGAGAGCUGCAGUGGAGAAUCUGACGAAGAGUUUGGCCAUUGAGUGGGCGAGCAGCGGCGUGCGCAUCAACUCCAUCGCUCCGGGUUCCAUCUUCUCCAAGACAGCAAUGGAGAAUUAUAAAGAUCUCGGGCCCAUGAUGUUCCAGAUGGCUGUUCCCUGCAUUCCUGCAAAACGUCUGGGCUUUCCGGAGGAGGUUUCUCCAGCUGUGUGUUUCCUGCUGUCUCCAGCUGCUUCCUUUAUCUCAGGGGCCACUCUGAAGGUGGACGCAGGACAGAGUCUGUACGACUCGGUGUGGGAGAUCCCAGAUCACAGGGCGUGGCCUGAGCCCCCAGAAGGAGAGAAUGUUCGUGCUCUGAGAGAAGUGAUGAAGGAACUCAAACCGAAACUGUGAUGUGGAGUGUAGUUCAGCACUCUAACCUGCAGGGGGUGCAGCUCAUUCAAUACCCCACCCCACCCCACCCACACAGCUAACAGCCUGCCACUGUGACUUCACUGUUCUCACCAUCAGCACUUGAGUUCUGCUCCUCAUUGUUCAGAGUAGAAACAUCAAACAGGACUGAAGUUAAAACCUGCUAUUGCUGUCAGUGCCAUUUACACUGAACUCUGCGCUGCAUGAUGUAAACGACACACAUCAGCGGGCUUUGGAGAAACCACGUUCCAAAAACAACACGCUAAAGAAGGUUUAUCUGUUUUUACUGUGUGAGAAAAUCCUCUCUGUCUCUCUUUCACUCACACGCGCGCGCACACACACACUCAGGAAUGCUGUCCUUAAAUAUAUCGAGUGUGUGUGAGGUGUGACGUGAACAACAAAUGAACUUCCUGAACUGGUUUUGUGUUGUACGUUCCCACAGAUCAACACUAAUCUGACUCACACACACUAAUAAUAAUAAUAAUUUUCUUUAUAGUCUCUCUCAUUCAUAAAAUAUAUUUGGAAUUAAAUAAAAAACAUAUAAGAACUGAACUCGACAUUCCCUUGAUGUGUGUGUGUGUGUGUGUGUGUAAAAUGUAAAGAACAUAUAGAAUAAGAACACACACCUGUCGUCACAGCCAAUCCACAAAUAAUCUGUUCAGUGUAAACGGCUUCUUUGAGUGAAUCAGCAGAACGAAUGAAUCAGACGAGUUCUGUAUCGACACACAAACGGCGAUGAUGUGCUUCAGAUAAAAAGUGCAAUAAAUCAGUGAUUCAUUAAACAAGUGCAGAGAUCAAUUCAUUACAACAAACACAAAAGAACCGAAUCAAUAAAACCAACACACUGUUUUAAAACUCUCUAUUUCCCCAGUGAGACAGUACGACAAAGUGAGAGAUGGACAGAUACAGGGUGAAAGUGAGACAGGGUAAGAGUAAGAUCCAGAAAUGGUGAGAGUGAGACAGGGUAAGUGUAAGACAGAGUGAGUUUGAGAGAGAUACAGGGUGAGAGUGAGACAGGGUAAGACAGUGAGAUGGUGAGGGUGAGACGUACAGAGUGAGCGUGAGAUCGAGAGAGAUACAGUGAGAGUGAGACAGAGAUACAGGGUGAGAGAGAGAUACAGAGUGAGACAGUGAGAGUGAGACGGUAAGAGUAAGACCAAGAGAUACAGAGUGAGAGUGAGACAAAGCGAGAGGGAGAUCAAGAGUGAGGCAGGUUGAGGGUGAGACAGAGAUACAGAGAGAGUGAGAUGGUGAGAGUGAGACGGUAAGAAUAAGACAGAGUGAGAAUGAGAUAGUGAUACAGGGUGAGAGUGAGACAGAUAGAGAGUGAGAAAGGGUAAGAGUAAGACAGAUACAGAGGGAGAGUGAAACAAAGUGAGAUAGAGAUACAAGGUGAGUGUGAGACAAGGUGAGAAUGAGAGAGAGAGAUACAGAGUGAGACAGGUUGAGCAUGAGAUUGAGAGAGAUACAGGGUGAGAGAGAUACAGGGUGAGAUAGAGAGAGAUACAGAGUGAGACAGGUUGAGCGUGAGAUUGAGAGAGAUACCGGGUGAGAGUGAGACAGGGUGAGAGAGAUACAGAGUGAGAUAGACAUCCAGAGUGAGCUCGAGAGAGAUACAGAGUAAGAGUGAGACAGAAAUACAGAGUGAGAUCAAGAGAGAUACAGGGUGAGAGUGAGACGAGGUAAGAGUAAGGCAGAGUGAGAGUGAGACAGAGAUACAGGGUGAGAGAGAUACAGAGUGAGAGUGAGACAGCGAUACAGGGCAAGAGUGAGACAGGGUGAGAGAGAUACGGAGUGAGAGUGAGACAGGGUGAGUGUGAGAUCGAGAGACAUCCAGAGUGAGACAGGUUGAGAGUGAGAUUGAGAGAGAUACAGAGUGAGACAGUUUGAGAAUGAGACAGAAAUACAGGGUGAGCGUGAGAUAGAGAUACAGGGUGAGAGUGAGACGGUAAGAGUAAGACAGAUACAGAGAGUGAGACAGGGUGAGAGUGAGACAGAUGCAGAGUGAGAGUGAGACAGGGUGAGAGUGAGACAGAUGCAGAGUGAGAGUGAGACAGGGUGAGGGUGAAACAAGAUGAGUUUUACCACCGCAGAGACAUUGAGUUUGUAGGGAGUGAAAUCAACCUGACUGAAGGGGCUGAUCAAAAUGGUGACAUCAACCAGCAGCACUGGAGCACUGAGAUACACCACACACACACACACGCGCACACACACACACGCGCACACACACACUGGCCCGUGUGUUUCUGUAGAAUAAAGUCAGAAUGAUCUCAUGAGCUCAAGUAGGAAGAGAAGAUCAGGGACCGAGGAGAAGAUCAACAUUCCACUCAGCAACAACCCAACACUUGCCACGGUGUGUGUGUGUGUGUGUGUGUGUGUGUGUGUGUGUGACCGAAUAUGAAUGCAUUUGUAUGGAACAGAUCUUUGUGUACUAAACAGAAUAAAUUACAUGAUUUUUGCA